AUGAAAGCGCUGCUCUGCCGUGCCGGCUACGAGCGCCAGGUGCUGCUCAUGGCAAGGAAGGGUGGCUGGGACAUGCUCCUCCGCGCUGAGAGCCACCACAGGGGAGUGGCUUUGCUGGCCAGGGAAAUGAGGGAGACCCCAAGAAGCCUGCGAGUUUACCUCCUGCGCCAGCUGGCAGUGCUGCUCCGCCUGGAGGAGCCCUCCCAGGAGAUCUCCAUCCUGGCUUUCCUCGUGGAGCUUGUGGCUUGCCCGGACCUUUGCGAAGACAAUGCUCAUAUCCUGCUGCUCCUUGCGAGGUAUCUGGAGCGUGGCAGCCAGGUGAUACGUGGGCUGGUGCUCAGAGGCCUCGUCCUACUGUGCAAGAGGCCGCAGACGGUAAGAGAAAUGCGCUUCCUGCUGCCACUCAUCAUGGAGCAACUGCGGGAUGCGGACAGCGACAUCAGCACUAAGGCCCUGGUGGUGCUGCGACACAUGGUGCACGUCAUGGGCGAGGAGACGGUGGCCAGCAUUGCUCCGCAGCUGUCCGCGGAGCUCCUGCUGCUCUUUGAUGCCGACGCUGGCCAGGUGCGAGCGCUCUCCAUGCGGCUCUUCAGAGAUGUGCUGGCGAUUGUGCUGGGCACCAAAGACCAGCAGCUGCAGAAGCAAGUGCGCAGCAGCCUGCUGCCACUGCUCUUCCACAUGCAGGACGAGAGCUGCAGCGUGCGCCAGGCCUCUCGGGAAGCCCUUCUUCGCGCUGCCAAGUUCCUCAAGUGGAAGCAGCUCAGGCAGCUGGUUGAGACAGCGCAGACGUGGAGGAUCGGCGAGUGCCUGCUGGUGAGGGCCAGAAGAGCAGAAGAGUACCUGCACCAGAGCCUGACAUACUUGGAGAGCCCACAGGAGUCCUUGCGAGAGGCAGCCGUGAGGUUCACUGGGCUUGUCGGGCAGCACCUGAGGGGCCGGAGCAAGGAGAAGCUGGAGGACAUCUGCACGGCCCUGCAAGGCUUGCAGGAGGACAGCAGCCCGUCCGUCUGUUGCCUGGCGACGCAAACCAUCCUGCUCCUGAGAGCUCCAGGGAAGAUGACUCCCUCCCCAGGCACCCUCCAAGGCCUGUGCUACCGCCUGAGGAGAGCGUGGGAGCGGUGGCACUGUCCUCUGCGCGGUGACUGUGUCUGCUGCUGGAGCUCGGCUGCCUCCUGAUGCCAGGCUGCUCUGCCCGCAGCGGCCACCUGAGUGUGCGGGGAAGUCGGGGGGUUCCUGGCCUCUCUCCCUGCCCGCAGGACAGCUCCGGCCCUCAGGCCCAGCCCGUCCCAGGCUUGUGCUGCCAGUCCCCCCUCUGCUGGGCUUUCCCCAAAGAAGCAGCCCUGUCUCUUCA